AUGUCAUUCGGCACAACCACUGCGAGCCCCACCGCUCACCAACAGCUUCUCGCCGAGAUUGAGGAAUUGAGCAAGCAUUCUUCCUUCUGCAACCGAUUGUUCCUCCCAGACCCAUUGAGCCAUCCUGUGCACGUCUACUCAGACGAGGUUCUCGGCCUCAACUCGGGCAAGCCCUGGAUCGAGGACUUGGACAAGUGGACCGAUCGAGUCGUGGAAGCACUGGUCUACCAGUCAGACACCACCGAGUGGCUCCGCGAUGACCACAAGACCCUCUUGACUGCCGGAAAUGCACUGGACCAGAUCGCCAUACUCUACCUGCUGAGCAAAUUCCGCGACACCACUACCGGUACUUCCCAAUGGAACUCGCUCGCCAGCAGCAGGGCACGGGGAGAUCUUCGCAAGAGAUUGAUGGACGGGUACGCCUCCAUCGUCGAGGCUACUACUGCCAUCGCUUCUGAGGCCGAGACGAUCCGAGGGAGCCCUUCGGGGUGGACCGAGGGCAAAGCCAGGUGCCCGAACGUGGCGGAUCUCAUGAAGGCCGAUCCUCCUUCCGCUCACGCUCAGAGAUUGAGAGAGUCGGUCAAAGCCUUGGGGACGGACCUGAAUGACUCGGUACGUGUCUUGCUCGAGCAGGGUCUGAGGGAGAAGUUCUGUGUUCGCAAGUUGCCGGUAGACUAUUGA